GUCUCUGCCAGUCAGUGGUACGUAUCUAGACUCAAUGGAACUGUUGAAGACGGUUGUGGCCUAGUAAAGUCUCACCCUUGUAAACAUAUCUACCAAGCAACUACGCUUGCGCACGAAGGCAACGUCAUCAACAUCGACGGGGCGGGAACGUCACGUGAUCCAUACCCCUGCGAUGUCGACACAAGAAUGCACAUACCGUACAUGGUCGGUGUUUCGAUUGCCAGCUACACAACUCAAGCUUUUGUUGCUUGUAGAAACAAAAGCUUGCAACUUUCUUGCGAUUUCAGAAACAGCUCUUCCGGCGGUAUCUUUUUGGAGGGAAUCACUUUCGUAAAUACCUCCCUGAAUCUUGUCGAUUGUUCUCUUAAGAUGUCAGGGGUCAUGUUUGUUAAUAGUUCUAAUGACGCUUUUUCUCUUAAUUUUUCACGUGGUUUCACUGGAACUAUUAGUAUUUCUGGG